UGCUGCUUCCACUGUUCAGUGAAAUUUGAUGGUCGACCGGGAACCUCCUAUUUGACGAAUUUUUAAAAAAAAUCGGCGAUUCUUCUAUCCUCAACUUUUGAAUUUUUUAAUCAGGCACCGCAAAAAUUCUGCAGUUUUAGAAAACAAACAAAGUCGUACGACCAUCAAAUUUAAUCCACAAAUGCUGCACACACCAUAACUCGUACGAUAACGACUGACCUUUCGGAAACAAAGGCAAAGUUCUCCGCUAGCAUCAGAGAUCGGAAAAUUCUGAGAGCAUGACUCCUGUAAAAUUUUCUUAAUGGCUAUUGCAUCAUUUGAUUCUCAUUUUCUUUUCGUGUUCAAACGGAAUCUGAUGGUAUUCAGAUAAACCCCGAUGGUUCAGGGAAGAGAAGUUAAUUAUAGAUUUAUUAAGUCUACAAUUUUGAUGCACUAAUUUAUUCAUUCUAUUUUCAGAGAUGGUUUAGAAAAAAAGCAAAACAAUACCUGUUGUUUUAGUGCUGCUUUUGAGCUAUUUAUAUACUGGCGAAUGCCUUUUCUAUCUUUAGAAAAUCAAAGGGGGCCCAUACAGGCUAUUGGGAUAGUCUGCUCAUAUCAGGGGACCGUCAUUUGUAAAGAGGCUAGAAAACCCAUUAUUGUUUUGUCAUAGUUUUCCAGCCAUGCGUCGUUUCAGCCUGCGGCAUGCCGUGGCCAUUGCGGCAGCAGGAUCAGUGGGCAUUAUAAGUGUUUACAGUGGUAGCGCAUUGGGUAGGGAAAAAGAUGGGCUGGAAGGUGUACAGAGGAGAAUUCAGCUGAGCGAGGGGAUUGUCCCUUGCAGAGAAGUGCAAGAAUCUGCGCUAAAAGGAAGCAGUCCCAGCAGCCCUUUGGAUGUUCUUGUGAUUGGAGGGGGGGCAACUGGCUGUGGUGUGGCUUUGGAUGCUGCAACUAGGGGUCUGCGUGUGGGACUCGUUGAAAGAGAUGACUUUUCUUCUGGGACUUCGUCCCGCUCUACCAAGCUUGUUCAUGGAGGUGUCCGUUACUUGGAAAAGGCAGUAUUUAACUUUGAUUAUGGACAGUUAAAGUUGGUCUUUCAUGCUCUUGAGGAGCGGGAUCGAAUUAUCAAGAAUGCACCACAUCUUUGCAAUGCUUUGCCAACUAUGACUCCUUGUUAUAAUUGGUUUGAAGUCUUAUAUUUUUGGGCUGGACUAAAGCUGUACGACAUAGUUGCAGGAACACGAAUGCUGCAUGUGUCACGUUACUGUUCAGCACAGGAGUCAGUUGAACUCUUUCCAACUCUUGCAAAAAGGGGACAUGAUAAAAGUUUGAAGGGAACAGUAGUUUACUAUGAUGGGCAAAUGAAUGAUGCACGCCUUAAUGUUGGCUUGGCUUGUACAGCUGCAUUAGCAGGUGCAGCAGUGCUUAAUCAUGCAGAAGCCAUAGCACUUCACAAGGAUGAACUUACUGACAAAAUCAUAGGUGCACGUGUUCGGAAUAGUUUGACAGGCAAGGAAUUUGAUAUUUAUGCAAAAGUGGUAGUGAAUGCUGCUGGACCUUUUUGUGAUGAAGUGCGAAUGAUGGCUGACAAAGAUGCACAAAAAAUGAUUUGUCCCAGCAGUGGUGUGCACAUUGUUCUUCCUGAUUAUUAUUCUCCAGAGGGCAUGGGUUUGAUUGUACCAAAAACAAAGGAUGGGAGAGUGGUUUUCAUGCUACCUUGGCUUGGAAGGACAAUUGCAGGAACUACAGAUUCCAAUACUACUUUGACGAUGCUACCAGAACCCCAUGAAGAAGAGAUUCAAUUCAUUUUAGAUGCCAUCAGUGAUUACUUAAAUGUUAAGGUACGCCGCUCAGAUGUGCUCUCUGCUUGGAGUGGGAUUCGUCCAUUAGCAACAGAUCCCUCAGCUAAUGAUACUGCCAGCAUUUCUAGAGAUCAUGUAGUGUCCACAGAUAUUGACGGUCUGGUAACUAUUACUGGUGGGAAGUGGACCACAUAUAGAAGCAUGGCAGAGGAUGCAGUUAAUGCAGCUAUCAAAGCUGGCAAAUUGAAGCCGUCAAAUAACUGUCUGACAGCCUAUCUUCAUGUUAUUGGAGGAGAAAAUUGGGACCCGGCAUCAUUUACCAAACUUGCACAACAGUAUGUUCGUAUGAAAAAGACAUAUUCAGGGAAGGUAGUUCCUGGUGCAAUGGACACUGCUGUUGCAAAGCAUUUGGCACAUGCAUAUGGUAGCAUGGCAGAAAGAGUUGCCUUAAUAGCACAGAAUGAAAAUCUUGGCAAAAGGCUAGCACAUGGAUAUUCGUUUUUGGAGGCAGAGGUUGCUUACUGUGCACGUAACGAGUACUGUGAGACAGCAGUUGAUUUCAUUGCCAGGCGAUCAAGGCUUGCCUUUCUUGACACAGAUGCAGCUAGAAAAUCCUUGCCUCGUGUUAUAGAGGUACUUGCUGCAGAACAUGGCUGGGACAAAGCAAGGAAGAAAGCAGAGAUGACAAAUGCGAUAGCCUUCUUAGAAACAUUCAAAUCUUCUCAAAAUGCACAAUUUGAUGAUGGCAAACACACCUCAAAUAAGUCAUUCUUCUUCCUAAAGACAUGAUUGCGUUCCUCGUGUACAUAGCAAUAUUGCUUGCUGUACUUGAGGAAAUGUACCCUCUUUCAGCAUUGCAUGUCAUUUGUUCAAAAAUAAAAUUUGAUAGCCUUGCCUCCAUGUUUGUUGUUCUCAUGGAAAAUUUCACUUGUUCAAAGCAGGUUUUUUCGCUAGAUUGAAUAUAUAAUGAACGCAAUAAUAAUUGAAUUUGGAAAUUAUAUAUCAUUUUUUUA